ACGGCGGCCUCCCGAGUUGAGGUGUGACUCUGCCUUCGCUGGAGAGGCUCUCGGAACCCUGGCCGUGCGGUCAGGCUUCCCAGUCCCCGCGAGCCCUUAUGGCGGCCCCGGCGUCCGCGUUCUGCCUGCUACUCGCUUGCGUCUGGCUGCCCCGGGGUGAGCCGGCGGGGGGGACCUUGCCCGUGCAGUCUCUCGCCGCAGCACUCACACUCCGGGGCAAUGCAGAGCUGCAGCCAGAGCCAACCCAGGAUCCCAGCCACAGCCAUCAGGAGGCGAUCCUUGCCAUAGAGGAUGCCACCACUGGGAUGGGAAGCCAGGAGGCAGAAGCCCUGAACUCCUUGGCCAUGUCUUCCUGGGAAAGGCGGCUCCACCGGGCCAAAUGUGCACCAUCCUACUUGUUCUCCUGCUUCAAUGGGGGUGAGUGCGUGCACCCAGCCUUCUGUGACUGUAGACGCUUCAAUGCCACUGGGCCACGCUGCCAGAUGGUGUACAAUGCAGGCCCUGAGCGGGACAGCAUCUGCCGGGCGUGGGGACAGCAUCACGUGGAGACAUUUGAUGGCCUCUACUACUACCUGUCUGGGAAGGGCAGCUACACACUGGUGGGGUGCCAUGAACCUGAGGGGCAGACCUUCUCAAUCCAGGUUCACAAUGACCCGCAGUGCAGCUCCUCCCCCUAUACCUGCUCCAGGUCUGUCAGCCUCUUCUUUGUGGGUGAGCAGGAGAUCCAUCUAGCCAAGGAGGUCACCUACGGAGGCACAAGGGUCCAACUACCGCAAGUGAUGGGGAAUGUGCGUCUGCAGCGGCUUGCCGGCUAUGUCCUUGUGCGGCAUCAGUCGGCCUUCACGCUGGCCUGGGAUGGUGCCUCGGCUGUCUACAUUAAAAUGAGCCCAGAGUUCCUGGGCUGGACCCAUGGGCUGUGUGGGAACAACAAUGCCAACCCCCAGGACGACCUGGUGACCCGCUAUGGGAAGCUGAUGGAAGAUGUGGCUGAGUUUGUGCACAGCUGGCAGGAGCAGGCUCCUAACCAGCCUCCAGGACCCACAACCUCCUCCCUGCCCCGCCCACCAUGUCUGCAGCAAAGCCUGGGAACCAUGCAGGUUGUGUACGACCGCUGUGAGGCGCUACUGCGGCCCCCCUUUGAUGCCUGCCAUGCCUAUGUCAGCCCUCUGCCCUUCAUGGCCAGCUGUACCAGUGAUCUCUGCCAAUCAGCGGGUGAUGAAGCCACCUGGUGCCGGGCACUGGCGGAGUAUGCCCGGGCAUGUGCCCAGGCAGGUCGGCCCCUGCAGGGAUGGAGGAACCAACUCCAGAAAUGCACGGUGCACUGCAAGGAGAAGGCCUUUAUCUACAAUGAGUGCAUAGCCUGCUGCCCUGCCUCCUGCCAGCCCCGGGCAUCCUGUGUGGACAGUGAGAUCGCCUGUGUGGAUGGCUGCUACUGUCCUGAUGGGCUGAUCUUUGAGGAUGGGGGCUGCGUGGCACCAGCUGAGUGUCCCUGUGAGUUCCAUGGGACCCUGUACCCAACUGGCUCUGUGGUGAAAGAAGACUGCAAUGCCUGCACAUGCACUGCGGGCAAGUGGAUGUGCAGCACAUCUGUCUGCCCAGCUGAGUGUUCAGUGACUGGUGACAUCCACUUCACAACAUUUGACGGUCGCCGCUACACGUUCCCUGCCACAUGUCAGUACAUCCUGGCAAAGAGCCGCUCCUCGGGCACUUUCAUGGUGACACUGCAGAACGCCCCGUGUGGCCUGAACCAGGAUGGAGUCUGUGUCCAGUCAGUGUCAGUGAUUUUACAUCAGGACCCCCGGAGGCAGGUGACCCUGACCCAAGCGGGUGAUGUCCUUCUGUUUGACCAGUACAAGGUCACCCCACCCUACACAGACGACGCCUUUGAGAUCCGGAGGCUGUCUUCUGUGUUCCUGCGCGUGAGGACCAACGUCGGUGUGCGGGUGCUCUACGACCGCGAAGGACUGCGGCUCUACCUGCAGGUGGACCAGCGAUGGGUGGAGGACACCGUGGGCCUCUGCGGCACCUUCAACGGCAACACGCAGGACGACUUCCUGUCCCCGGUGGGUGUGCCUGAGAGCACCCCACAACUCUUUGGCAAUUCUUGGAAAACACUGUCUGCCUGCUUCCCGCUGGUCUCUGGCUCCCCGCUGGACCCCUGCGAUGUGCACCUGCAAGCCGCCUCCUAUGCCCUGCAGUCCUGCAGUGUGCUCAUGGGGGAGAUAUUUAUGCCCUGCUCCGAGUACUUGAGCCCCAUGCCCUACUUUGAGCAGUGCCGCCGGGACGCCUGCCGCUGUGGGCAGCCUUGCCUGUGUGCCACGCUGGCCCACUACGCGCGCCUGUGCCGGCGCCAUGGGCUCCCAGUCGACUUCCGCGCCCGCCUGCCAGCCUGUGCACUGUCCUGUGAGGCCACCAAGGAGUACAGCCCCUGUGUCGCCCAGUGUGGACAGACCUGCCAGGACCUGGCUGGCCCCGAGGCCUGUGAGGUUGAUGGUGAUGGUGACCUCAGUGGGGGCGAGUGUGUGGAGGGCUGUGCCUGCCCACCAGACACCUAUCUGGACACGCAGGCUGACCUCUGUGUCCCCAGCCAUUGCAAAGAUGGAGUCAUGAGCUGUGACAGCAGAGCCCCAGCUGCUGCCUGCCCAGCGGGCCAGGUCUUCGUGAACUGCAGUGACCUGCGCACUGACCCUGAGCUGAGCAGAGAGAGGACGUGCGAGCAGCAGCUGCUGAACCUGAGCGUGCCAGCCCGCAGCCCCUGCCUCUCAGGAUGUGCUUGUCCCCCGGGCCUGCUCAGACACGGGGAUGCAUGCUUCCUGCCGGAGGAGUGCCCAUGCACUUGGAAAGAGAAGGAGUAUUUCCCCGGGGACCAGGUCAUGUCUCCCUGUCAUUCCUGCGUGUGCCAGCACGGCUCAUUCCAGUGCGCCCUCCACCCCUGCGCCUCCACCUGCACGGCAUAUGGAGACCGGCAUUACCGCACGUUUGAUGGGCUCCCGUUUGACUUCGUGGGGGCAUGCAAAGUGCACCUGGUCAAGAGCACAUCAGAUUUCAGCUUCUCUGUGAUUGUAGAAAAUGUGAACUGCUACAGCUCUGGCAUCAUCUGCAGGAAAUUUAUUUCCGUCAAUGUUGGGAACUCACUCAUCAUCUUCGAUGACGACUCAGGAACUCCCAGUCCUGAGAGCUUCCUGGACAAGAAGCAGGAGGUCCACACAUGGCAAGUGGGGUUUUUCACGCUGGUGCAUUUCCCACGGGAGCACAUCACCCUCUUAUGGGACCAGAGAACCACAGUGCACAUCCAGGCUGGGCCACAGUGGCAGGGCCUGCUGACAGGACUCUGUGGGAACUUUGACUUAAAAACGGUCAAUGAGAUGAGGACCCCGGAGAACUUAGAGUUAACUAACCCCCAGGAGUUUGGUGGCAGUUGGGCUGCAGCCGAGUGCCCAGACACCCUUGACCCUCGAGACACAUGUGUCCUGAAUCCUCUCCGAGAACCGUUUGCCAAAAAGGAGUGCAGCAUCCUGCUCAGUGAGGUGUUCGAGACCUGCCACCCUGUGGUCGAUGUCACUUGGUUUUACUCAAACUGCCUGACAGACAUGUGUGGGUGCAGCCGGGGCGGUGACUGUGAGUGCUUCUGUGCCAGCGUGUCCGCCUACGCCCACCAGUGCUGCCAGCAUGGGGUGGCCGUCGACUGGAGGACCCCGCGCCUCUGCCCAUACGACUGUGACUUCUUUAACAAAGCACUAGGCAAGGGCCCCUACCAGCUGGCCAGCUUGGCAGCCGGUGGUGCCCUGGUGGCCAGGAAGGUGGCAGGCGGUGCCGUGGUCCUGGUGAGUGCAGAGGAUGUGGCGCUGGGGGACAUCGUGAACUUCCUGCUGACGGCUGCGCUGUACAAGGCCAAGGCCCACGACCCGGAUAUGGUGUCCCUGGAGGCAGCGGACAGACCCAACUUCUUCCUCCACGUCACGGCCAACGGGUCUCUGGAGCUGGCAAAGUGGCAGGGCAGCGAUGCCUUCCACCACCAUGCCUCCUUCUUGCUGCACCGGGGGACGUGGCGAGGGGGCCUGGUGGCCCUGGAAUCCCUGGUGGAGCCCAGGGCCUUCCUUUCCGUGUCGGGCUCGGUGCUGGCCCUGCGGCUGUACGAGCACACGGAGGCGUUCCGCCGGGGCUCGCUCUUCCGCCUCCUGGAUGCCAAGCCCUCUGGGGCUGUCUACUCCACCUUUGAGUGGCACUAUGACGCCUGUGCCAGCCCCUGCUUCCAAACCUGCCGGGACCCACGGGCAGCCAGCUGCCAGGACGUGCCCAGGGUGGAAGGCUGUGUGCCUGCAUGCCCUAUCCCCAAGGUCCUGGAUGAAGUCACCCAGAGAUGCGUCUACUUAGAGGACUGUGUGGAGCCUGCAGUUUUGGUUCCCACAGAGGCCCUUGGCAAUGAGACUCUGCCUCCCAGUCAAGAGCUGCCCACUCCCAGUGAUAAGGAGCUACAGUUUCCACAGGAAGCGCCCGGUGCCCCAUCCCACAGGCCAGCGCUCACACCAGCUGCCUCACCCACCACAGCCCUGAACCCACCGGAGGCAGCCACUGAGGGGCCAACGCUGUCUCCAGGCCUCACUCAGGCGACGCUGCGGCAGCCACUGGGGAUGACCACAUCUAACCUCCCUGCCCACCCCACAGAAGCCCCAGCCAGCAAGGGAGUGACUGCCAGCCACCUGGCCAGCCCCCGUGCCCUAGAGCCCUCAUCCUUCCCUCUUCCACAGCAGAUGCCCACAUCUGGCAUGGGGUCGGGUGCCAUGGAGACGACCAGGGUGACUUUGAUCUUUGCGGGGAGCCCCAACAUCACAGUCUCCUCCCUGUCGCCCCCUGCACCUCGCGUCUCUCUCGUGACCAAAGCUGUGACAGUCCUAGGCCUUGGCUUCUUGCCUGUUAAGACAACACCCCUCCAGCCCUUUCCGAGCCUGGAGUUGCCUUCAAGUCCCUCCUCCAGGCCUGUGGCUUCCCCUGCAGUGCCCUCUAGGCCUCCCACUUCCUCAGGAUCCCAUGAAGCAUCACAGACACCUGCAAUAACGAAGGUCAUGAAUGGGACAGGAAUCCCCCACCCAGUACAGGCCCAGAGUGUUCCCAGUCCCAGCAUCCCCCCAGCUGAGGCUACAACAGCAGCAGAACAGAUUCCUGUCAGUCCCCUGGCAACCAAGAGAGUGGAGACGGUGCCAUCCACAGAGAAGGUCCCACCUAGGCCUGGCCAGCCCAUGGGCCCACCAACACCCUCAUUUCCAAGCCCAUUCCCCACUGCCCCGCCCCACCCCGCCCAGCAUACCACUAUGGCCACCAGGCCUCCGGCCCUGCCCUCGGGGACCGCAGUUGCUGCCAGCCUGUCCACAACUGCUCAUGGGCUCGGGGCCACACCCUUCCCAUCUCUGGAGUCAACUCGGCCCCCCCAGCUCCUCUCUGGCGUGCCUCGUGAUACCAGUCUGCCCCUGGCCAAGGUGGGCACGUCUGCCCCAGUGGCCACAGCCAGCCCCAAGGGCCCUGCCAUCACUGUCCCACUCCAGCAACAGGCCACAUCUCUCGCCAUGGCCACGACUCCACCUGCUCAAACACUUGGCCCAGCACAGCCUCUCACCCCGGCUGUCGUGGCCCAGGUGCACCCACCCAGUCAUGUGGUCCCUACGGCAACAGGCACAGCUCCAGGCCUACUUCUGGGGGCCACACUGCCAGCCUCUGGGGUUGUGGCUGUGGCUGAGGGAGUGGCCCCCACAGUAUCUGUUGCCCCACGAAAAAGCACCACAGAGAAGAUGGCCAUCCUGUCCAAGCAAGUGUCUCUGCCCACCUGGAUAUAUGGCUCUGCCCAGUGGGGCCCCACAGAGCUCACGCCCGCUGUGGCCCACACUCUCGCUACCUUGGUGACAGAGCUAGAGGGCCCCUGGGCUGGCACAGUACCACCAGUGCCCACGUCCUAUCCGCCCAGCCGAGUCUUGGCCAGGACGGCCUCCCAAGAGAGCUCUCUGGUUCUGCUUCCCCAGCUGGUUGAGGCCCAUGGCACCUCGGCAGGACCUCAGGCCCCAGCAGAGCCGGAGGGAGAGGCCACCACCAAGCAGUUUGGGCGCUCAGCCCCGGCCCAGAGCAUCUCGGAGGGUUCAUCUGAGGCCUUGGCAACUACCACUGAAGCCAAUACGUCUGCCAUCUGUGUUCCAAUUGCCGAGCAGGACUGCGUCCGCCACAUCUGCCUGGAGGGUCAGCUGAUCCGAGUGAACCAGUCAGAACACUGUCCCCAGGGCGCUGCACCUCCUCGCUGUGGGGUCCUGGGCCUUGCUGUGAGGGUGGGCGGGGACCGCUGCUGUCCGCUCUGGGAGUGUGCCUGCCGGUGCUCAGUCUUCCCUGAUCUGAGCUUUGUCACCUUUGAUGGGAGCCAUGCAGCCCUGUUCAAGGAGGCCAUCUACAUCCUUAGCCAGAGCCCUGAAGAAAUGGUCACUGUCCAUGUUCUUGACUGCAAAAGUGCCAACCUGGGGCACCUGAACUGGCCCCCGUUCUGUCUGGUGAUGCUGAACAUGACUCACCUGACCCAUCAGGUCACCGUUGACCACUUCAAACGGAAGGUGUCUGUGGACUCACAGCCUGCGUGGCCCCCUGUGAGCAAGCAUGGGUUCAGAAUUGAGGACACAGGCCACAUGUAUGUGAUCCGGACACCGUCACACAUCCAGAUCCAGUGGCUCCACAGCUCAGGACUCAUGAUCCUGGAAACCAGCAAAGCCAGCGAGGCCCAGGGCCGUGGCCUGUGCGGUAUCUGUGAUGGGGACGCAGCCAAUGACCUCACCCUGGAGGAUGGUUCUGUGUUGGGUGAGGCCGAGGACCCUGCUCCCUUUCUGGACAGCUGGCAGGUGCCCAGCUCCCUGACCUCAGUGGGCCAGACCCGCUUCCGCCUGGACAGCUGUGCCACAGCCGACUGCUCGCCCUGCCUUCGCAUGGUGUCCAACCGCACGUUCAGUGCCUGCCACCGCUUUGUCCCCCCGGAGUCCUUCUGCGAGCUGUGGAUCCGAGACACCAAGUACGUGCAGCAGCCCUGCGUGGCACUGACUGUGUACGUGGCCAUGUGCCACAAGUUCCACGUGUGCAUCGAAUGGCGGCGCUCCGACUACUGCCCCUUCCUGUGCUCCAGCGACUCCACAUAUCAGGCAUGUGUGGCAGCCUGUGAGCCCCCCGAGACAUGCCAGGAUGGGAUGUUGGGCCCGCUGGACCCAGAGCAGUGCCAGGUGCUGGGCGAGGGCUGCGUCUGCGCUGAGGGCACCAUCUUGCACCGGCGCCAUUCUGGGCUCUGUAUCCCUGAAGAGAAGUGUGCCUGCACAGACAGCACGGGGGUGCCACGGGCCCUGGGGGAGACCUGGAACAGUUCCCUCAGUGGCUGCUGCCAGCACCAGUGCCAGGCUCCAGACACCAUUGUCCCUGUGGACCUGGGCUGCCCGGGCCCCCGCCCUGAAAGCUGCCUGCGCUUCGGGGAGGUGGCCCUGCUCCUGCCAACAGAGGAUCCCUGCUGCCUGGGGGCUGUUUGUGUGUGUAACCAGACUCUGUGUGAGGGCCUCACCCCCACCUGCAGCCCAGGCCACCGACUCCUCACCCACUUCCAGGAGGACUCCUGCUGCCCCAGCUACAGCUGUGAGUGUGACCCAGACCUAUGUGAGGCAGAACUGGUCCCCAGCUGCCGCCAGGACCAGAUCCUGAUCGCAGGCCGCCUUGGGGAUUCGUGUUGCACCUCCUACUUCUGUGCCUGUGGUGACUGUCCAGAUCCCAUCCCCGAGUGCCAGGAGGGGGAGGCGCUCACUGUGGUCAGGAACACUACAGAGCUCUGCUGCCCUCUGUACCAGUGUGUGUGUGAGAGCUUCCGCUGCCCCCAAGUGCAUUGUGGCCUGGGCACCGCUCUGGUGGAGGUGUGGAGCCCAGACCGCUGCUGCCCCUACAAGUCCUGUGAGUGUGACUGCGACACAAUCCCGGUGCCCCGGUGCCAUCUGUGGGAGAAGUCCCAGCUGGACGAGGUGUUCAUGCACAGCGUGGAGAACGUGUGUGGCUGCGCCAAAUACGAGUGCGUGAAGGCUCCCGUGUGUCUGAGCCGCGAGCUGGGGGUGAUGCAGCCAGGUCAGACGGUGGUGGAGCUCUCGGCAGACGGCGUGUGCCACACCUCCCGCUGCACGGAUGUGCUCGACCCUCUUACCGGCUUCUACCAGAUCAACACCACCUCCGUGCUGUGUGAUGUCCACUGCGAGGCGAACCAGGAGUAUGAGCACCCGCGGGACCUGGCAGCCUGCUGCGGCUCUUGUAGAAAUGUGUCCUGCCUCUUCACUUUCCCGAACGGCACCACCUCCCUGUUCCUGCCCGGGGCGUCCUGGAUCGCAGACUGCACCCGCCAUCACUGCAGCAGCACUCCCCUGGGCGCCGUGCUCGUCCGCUCACCCAUCAGCUGCCCACCGCUCAAUGAGACUGAGUGUGCCAAGGUUGGGGGCUCGGUGGUACCUUCCUUGGAAGGAUGCUGCAGGACGUGUAAAGAGGAUGGGCGCUCCUGCAAGAAGGUGACGAUCCGCAUGACCAUCCGCAAGAAUGAAUGCAGGAGCAACACCCCUGUGAACCUUGUGUCCUGCGAUGGGAGGUGCCCGUCUGCCAGCAUCUACAACUACAACAUCAACACCUAUGCCCGCUUCUGUAAGUGCUGCCGCGAGGUGGGCCUGCAGCGGCGCUCCGUGCAGCUCUUCUGUGCCACCAAUGCCACCUGGGUGCCCUACAUAGUGCAGGAGCCCACCGAUUGUGCCUGCCAGUGGUCCUGAGCCCGGCGGGCUAGGGCUGGCUGGACCACUCUCCGCUUCCAGCUGACCCAGUGUAGGAUGGGCCGGGGGCACUAAAGGUGGGAAGAGGUGGUACGUGCUAAGCAUGGAAUGGCAGUCAGAGGCACAGAGAGUGACCAGAAUAAGCCACUCCAGCCCCUCCUGGCUCCCUCUGUGGGCUCCCUGUCCUCCACACAUUGGAAGGUGCCACAGUUUGGGGCUCAGGGAACUCAACUCUGUUCCUGGCUUGGGGUCUGAAAUGGGCCCUAGAUGAGGGGCGGUAGCCCCUGCACAUCUGUGACUCUGGCUGCAGUGCUUUGGUGGAGAGGGUGAGAGCUUUCCUGAGAAGCCAGGACCAGGGCUGGACCCAAGACACAGCGGAGGGUCUGGAAAGGGUGGCCCAUUCUCUUUCUUGGCCCUUUUGACCACGGGAGAACCAGAGACACAGUAGAAGGAGAGGGGGUUUUAAUUGCAACACCCAGGUCUGCAUAUCGCUGCCCAGGAGGACCUCCCAGAAGCAAAGGGGGUGGGUUUCCAGGGCCAGGUGCUCUCACCGAUGUGAGGUCAGGCCUGGAGACUGGGGGGUGGGCUCAGUGACCUUCAGGUCCCCUGCAGCCCUAAGAGGGGUGCCGUGGUAUCUUGUUUUUGACCUUGUUGUUCAGGAAAAGAUUUAGAAGAGUGGGGCCAUACCUGCUCCAUAUCCAUCCCCGCCCCCAAAGCCGGCCUUCCUGGCAGGUGGGCUGGCUCUUAUGAGGUGGUGGAGGGAGGGAGUGACCUCUUCCGUGAAGGUCCAGCACAACUCAUCCCCAUGUUGGUGGACAGCCCGCCCCUCUGACGGCCUGGCUUGUUUAAUGAUUCCUUCAGCCUGCAAGGGCAGCCCCUGGCUUUACAAUGUGCCUUUUCUCCAAGAACAUAGCAGAGUUAGUCACUGGAGGGGCCUGAGUGUGAGUUUUGUGGCUCAGCCAGCUCCUGGCUGUCUGCUUCAGGGGACUUUUCAGCAGGAGAGCAACUAUCAGUGGGAAAUGCAGGCCCUGUGCAUGUGCAGGCCUUCUCUGAGCAAUUGUCAGGGCCUUGUCUCUGAACCAGAGUGUCCUUCCUAAAGCCAGACUAGGGUCCUUGCCCCACAUGCCUUUGUGCUGCUGAGUCCAGAGGGCGUGAACAUGAGGUUGUUUACACCCCAGCACAUACAUCUGGAGGGGUGGCUGCCUAGUGCCCCGAGGGUUGGGGCUGGGGCCUUGGGCCCCCAUGGCCCCCAACUGUUCUCUCUGUUCCUGUAUCUGUAUUCUGUUUCUAUGUCCAAUAAACCACAGGAAGUCA